AUGGGUUCGAUUCCUAUCCAUGUGGUAAUUUUUUUUUAUCUAUCUAUCUAUCUAUCUAUCUAUCUAUCUAUCGCCUUUUCAUAUCUAUCUAUCUAUCUAUCUCAAUUUUUAUUUCUGUUAAUAUUCUUUUAUCUAUCUAUCUAUCUAUCUAUCUAUCUAUCUAUCUAUCUAUCUAUCUAUCUAUUGAUUUUUAUUGCUGGUAAUACUUUUUUAUCUAUCUAUCUAUCUAUCUAUCUAUCUAUCUAUCUAUCUAUCUAUCUAUCUAUCUAUCUCACCGACAAGAUUUUUAUUGUGGGAAUAUUUCUAUCUAUCUAUCUAUCUAUCUAUCUAUCUAUCUAUCUAUCUAAACUUUUGACCAAAGUUUAUCUAUCUAUCUAUCUAUCUAUCUAUCUAUCUAUCUAUCUAUCUAUGUAUCUCUCUCUCUCUCUAUAUAUAUAUAUAUGCUUUUCAGCCUAUCUAUCUCAGCAUAUUUUUCUUGUGUUGAUUUACGCCUACUACUCGCAAAUCUCUACCGGAUACUCUCUCUCUCUAUCUUCUUCUCUCUCUUCUUCUUCUCUCUCUGUAUCUCUAUCUCUUCUUCUCUCUCUCUCUGUGUAUCUCUAUCUCUUCUUCUUCUUCUCUCUCUCUCUCUCUCUACUUCUCUCUCAUUGUCUCUCUCUCUAUAUAUCUCUCUUCUUCUUCUCUCUCUUCUUCUCACUCUCUCUCUUCUCUCUCUCUUCUCUCUCCCUCUAUCUCUUCUUCUCUCUCUCUCUUCUUUCUUUCUCUCUUCUUUUCUCUCUCUCUCUCUUCUUCUCUCUCUCUCUCUUUAUCUCUCUCUCUUCUUCUUCUCUCUCUCUCUAUCUUCUCUUCUUUUCUCUCUCUCUUCUUCUUCUUUCUCUCUCUUUCUCUCUCUUCUUCUUCUCUCUCUAUCUCUUUUCUUCUUCUCUCUCUUUUCUCUUCUUCUCUCUCUUCUUCUCUCUCUCUUUCUUCUCUCUCUUUUUUUUCUUUUCUUCUUCUAUUUUCUCUCUCUCUUUUCUUCUCUCUCUUCUCUCUCUUUCUUCUUAUUUCUUCUCUCUCUUCUUCUUCUCUCUCUUCUUCUUUCUCUUCUCUUCUCUUCUCUCUUCUUCUUCUUCUUCUCUCUUUCUCUCUUCUUUUCUUCUCUCUUUCUCUCUCUCUUCUCUUCUCUCUUCUCUCUCUCUUCUUAAUCUCUCUCUCUUCUUCUCUCUCUCUAAUCUUCUUCUCUUCUUCUCUCUUCUUCUUUCUCUCUCUCUCUCUUUUUUCUUCUUCUCUUCUUUCUUUCUCUCUCUUUUCUCUUCUUGUUCUCUCUUCUUUUCUUCUCUCUCUCUCUUCUCUCUUCUUCUUCUCUCUAUCUCUUUCUCUCUUCUUUUUCUCUCUCUCUUCUUCUUCUUCUUCUCUCUUCUUUCUCUCUCUUCUUCUUCUCUCUCUAUCUCUUCUCUUCUCUUCUUUCUCUCUCUCUUCAUUAUCUUCUUCUCUCUCUUCUUCUUCUCUGAAAGAUUUUCUCUCUUCUCUCUCUCUACCUCUCUGAAUCUUUCUCUCUUCAGAACUUCUCUCUCUUUUCUUCUGAAUUUCUGUUAUCUCUCUCUCUUUUCUCUCUCUUCUCUCUCUCUUUCUCUCUCUCUUCUCACUCUCUCUCUUUCUCUCUCUCUCUCUCUCUCUAUGAUUUUUAUUGCUGGUUAUAUUUUCUACCUAUCUAUCUAUCUAUCUAUCUAUCUAUCUAUCUAUCUAUCUAUCUAUCUCAGUAUAUAUUGGUUUGGUUUGGUUUGUUUUCUUUCAUGGGUUAUCAACACCUCAAUCGGUUAUUUAAUGCCGACAAGAUUUUUAUUGCUAGUAAUAUCUAUCUAUCUAUCUAUCUAUCUAUCUAUCUAUCUAUCUAUCUCAGUAUAUAUGGUUUGGUUUGGUUUGUUUUAUUGCAUAUCAAACCUUGGGUUAUUUAAUGGUUUUUUUUGCUUCGGAUCUAUCUAUCUAUCUAUCUAUCUAUCUAUGAAAUCUAUUUAA